AAGGGUACUGCCCGCAGAAAGAAGAAGGUUGUCCAUAGAACAGCUACAGCAGAUGACAAGAAACUUCAGUUUUCUUUGAAGAAGCUGGGUGUCAACAAUAUUUCUGGAAUCGAAGAGGUAAAUAUGUUCACCAACCAAGGAACAGUCAUUCACUUCAAUAACCCUAAAGUUCAGGCAUCCCUGGCUGCUAACACUUUCACUAUCACUGGCCAUGCUGAGACAAAGCAGCUGACAGAAAUGCUUCCUAGCAUCUUAAAUCAGCUUGGAGCUGACAGUUUGACUAGCCUGAGAAGAUUGGCAGAAGCCCUACCCAAGCAAUCUAUGGAUGGAAAAGCACCACUCGCUACUGGUGGUGAUGCUGAUGACGAUGAUGAAGUUCCGGAUCUUGUUGAAAACUUUGAUGAAGCUUCAAAGAAUGAGGCAAACUGAACUAAGUGAUACUGUGAAUAAAAUUAAAACUUGGAAAAGCUACAUGGAGCUGCUAUUUUAUAUUGUGACUGCUUUUAUUUGAUUUUAUUUUUAUUUCCUGAUGAGAUCUCAAGAUGUGUAAUAUUUGGAAAUUCCUGAACCUGCAGCUCUUAUUCAGUUAUUACUUGUACACAGUAUUGUUUUUGUGGCCUAGUUUGACAAGCCUAUGCUUUGAAAUAAGUCAGAUUGCUAAUCGAUCUCUACCUAGACACAAAUUUUGAGCAACUUGUCUACAAGCUACCCCAUCUUUAAUGAACUUUGCCAUACAAUAAAGAAUAUAAAAUGAA